AUGUCCACACUAUACAAGUUGAAUACAGGUGCAGAGAUCCCGGCCCUCGGAUUCGGCACGUGGCAAGAUGAAAACGAGCAGGAGGACGCCGUCGCGGAGGCAAUCAAGGCCGGAUAUCGUCACAUUGACACUGCGCGUGUUUACGGUACCGAGAAAGCCGUUGGAAGAGGAGUCAAGAAAAGUGGUGUCCCUCGCAAAGAUCUGUUCAUCACAACCAAGCUCUGGAACAACAGUCACCACCCAGACGACGUUGCACCAGCCCUGCAGGAUUCGCUCAAAGACCUCGGAAUGGAUUAUGUAGAUCUGUAUCUGAUACACUGGCCCGUGGCCUGGAAGCGAGGAGAGGAGUUGUUCCCAAAGCAGAACGGGAACCCGGUGUUGGAGGAUAUCGACCUGAUGGACACCUGGAAAGCCAUGGAACAGGUGCUGAAAACGGGCAAGACCAAGGCUAUCGGCGUGUCGAACUGUGACAAGUUUGAGAUGGAGCGCCUGGUCAAGAAUACCUCGGUUGUUCCGGCAGUGCACCAGAUGGAAUGCCACCCGUGGCUGCAGCAACAUGAGUUCACGGCGUGGCAUCGGGAUAAUGGUAUUCAUGUCACGCACUACUCGCCGUUUGGGAACCAGAAUGCCUUAUAUGGCAUGAAACAGGAAAUCGGGAGGUUGAUCGAUGAGCCUGUGCUGGCAGAGAUCGGUAAGAGGUACAACAAAAGUGCUCCACAGGUUGCUCUUGCCUGGGGUAUCACGCUGGGUCACUCAGUGCUGCCAAAGUCCAAAACCCCUUCUAGGAUCAAGUCUAACCUCGAAGGAGACUUCAAAUUGAGCCCAGAUGACAUGAAGAAGAUUGAGAAGCUUAACAAAAAGCUCCGUUUCAAUGAUAGCAGUGGGGAGUUUGGAAGAGAGUUCUUCACUGGUCUCGAAGGGAAGUAA